UACAAAUUUUUCUAAAUUGUCGUCAUAUCCGUUUCGUCUUUGUUUUUUACCUCUGCAAUUCACAUUAAUUCUCACAGCGAGCUGCGUUCUUCAUCGACAGCCGAGUUAUCCACCUCUGUUGUCUAAGAGGUUUUCUUUGAGCUCGGUGCUGCCUCGCCAGCCUCAGACCUUCCCCUCUGCUCUCCUCACACAGCCGCUGCUCCACCCCCACCGCCGCCGAUCUCCACACUCCCCGGACACAACUCAGAUGCUGAAGCAGCCCACAACACAAAUGCAGCAAGACAUGGACAAUAUCCAGGCCUGGGCUGAGGGGUGGCAAGUAACAUUCCCACCACACAAGUGCCAGGCAGUGAUAUCUGAAGAAGGAAUCUCAAAGAAUCAGAAGGAAAGCGGGAAAGUUCGUAAUGUGGUCAAACUCGGUGUCGCACAAACUGAUAAAUUAUGGGAAAAUGAGGCCAAGAGAGAAGGUCGCUGAAAGGUCGCGUUAGAAGCAGCAGUGCAGCAGUUAGAUCGGGGAAGUGUUUGGACCGCAAGGCGCAGCAAGUUGGAGCAAAGCUCAAGAGGUGGAUGUUGGAGCGCAGACUGAGUGCAGGAGAGUUUAUCAUUCGAUAAGCAGAGUCACGACAGAAAAUCAAGAUCGUAAGGUGAAACAGUUUUAAUAAAGUGUUUAAAAACCUGUGACGUAUAAUGUCCAGUCCUGUGCUUUUUCCUGCAGACACAUCUCAGUCAUCGCCGCUGCAUCUGUCUCCUCGCAACACAAUAUUCUCUCCACACCCCCGCUGCAUGACACUCACUGAUUUAAUAGUUUCUCUACAUUUAUAUUUAACCACCGUUUUACUCCCCAGUCCGUCUCUCUUUAAGCCUCGAGCUGAAAAAAAAAGAUGCCGGAGGAACUCAGCGGGUCCGCAGCAUCUGUGGAGGGAAAUGGACAGGGGACGUUUCGGAUCGAGACCCUUCAUCUGGACUAUCUCGACCUGUUGAAUAUUUAGACCUGUUUAAUGUCUUUCUGUUCCCUCCCCGGUGUGGAAAAGGCCACGUUACCUUCGCUCUGGGCACUUGCAGCAAAAUAACAUUGAUUCCCUGAGACUGCAGCGUGUGUGGUGGACAAUCGCGGUACUGCAGGGGUUCAGCAGCUCCCCGAAAGUGAAAGGAAAGUGAAUCAGGACGUGCGGGGAGUUAACAUGGCUUCGAAAGGCCAGGUCCAGAGUUGGACCGAGGAGGUAAUUUGUCCCAUCUGCCUGGAUUUCUUCACCGAUCCGGUUAUACUGGAGUGUGGACACAACUUCUGCCGCUCCUGUAUCACACGGUGUUGGGAAAUGGAGAGAAACUCCUGCCCGGAAUGUAGAGAGGAGUUUGCGGACCGCACCAUUAGGGUAAAUCGGGCCUUAGCAAAUCUGUCUGAGAAAGCUCGAAAAUUAACCUUGAAUCAGAUAAAGAGGGAAAGUAAACUUCAUUGCGAGGAACAUCAGGAAGAACUGAAGCUUUUUUGUGAAACGGACAAGAAACUGAUCUGUGUGAUUUGUGUCGGUGCCCGGGAACACAGAGAGCACCGCUUCCUGCCGAUUGAAGAAGCUGUUGAAAUCUACAAGGAUCAGAUUAAAUCUUCCUUAGAAUCUCUCACAAAAAUGAAAUCAGACUUGCAGGAAAUGGAGCAACAACAGAAAGAGAAGAUCUCCGGAGUUCGGGAACAGUCACACAGCCUUCAGUCCCACAUCACAUCCCAAUUUGCUAAACUGCACCAGAUUCUCACUGAGAAGGAGCAGCGCUUACUCAGAGAUCUCAGGGAAGAAGAGGAGAAGAUUCUAAAUCCAAUGGAGAAAAAACUUCAAGAGAUUCAAGAGAAUUUAAAUUCUAUUCAGGAGAAACUCUCAAAAUUACAGGAACGGAUGAAUAAAGAAGACAACAUGAUAUUUCUCAAGGGGGAGGCUCGUCGGAAGAGGAGGGUUAGUGAUGAUAUGCAGGCGCUGUCAGUGACUGAUGGUGCCCUACCUGUUGAAAAAUUCGAUCACCCCUUUUUGUUGAAUCCAGCGUUGAGGGAAAUGUUUGAUGUACUUAAGCGAGUCUCCGUGACCCUGGAUGUGGGAACGGCUCAUCCGCGGCUCGAGGUGUCUGAGGAUCGGAGGAGUGUGAGACGGACCCGGACCCGGAGGAGUCUCCCCGACACCAGGAAGAGGUUCACAGUCGGGGCCCGUGUGCUGGGAUCGGAGGGAUUCACAUCGGGGAGACGUUACUGGGAGGUGGAGGUGGCGGGGAAUCGGAGCUGGAGUUUGGGAGUUGCCGCAGAGUCUGUGGAGAGGAAGAGAUGGGUCGGACUGAUCCCGGAGAACGGAUUCUGGACCAUCGGGCGGGAUGGUCACGGUCUUUGUGUGAACACCUCCACUCCAUCCCGUCUCCCUGCCGGUCCCAUCCCCGGGAGGGUGGGAGUUUAUCUCAGUUACGGGUCCGGGACAGUUUCAUUUUACAGCGCAGACACCAAGUCCCAUCUCCACACCUUCACUGGGAAUAAAUUCACGGAGAAACUUUAUCCUUUGUUCUGGACUUGGGAUGAAAACCAGUGGCUGAGAAUCUGCUCCGGUUCCGCUCCGGGUCUGUAACCCGGACGGGUCCCGGGACCGGCGUCAGGAGGAAGUCAGUGUAAAUAUAAAUAUGGGGAGAGUGAAAUAAAAACGAAUUGACAUUAGAACUGUCGACCCAUUAAUUUUAACGCGUUAACUGCAUCCGGCAGCGGAACAGAAAUACUUUUGUGAAAAUACAAAGAUUGAGCCGCGGGCGGCGGCUUCCCCGGGUCCUAAAGUCCACUGGAUUAGUCCAGAGGUGGUGCUGACUGGAAGGGAGGGAGGUAAAGUUGUGACGGGGGGAGGUGUCAAUAGGAGGGUGGGGGUGAAAUGCGAAAUGACCAGAAGUGAGAGAAAGAAAGCUGAAUGCUGGGAGUGUGAGAUACAAUCAUCUGUCUCAAUUCAUUGUCGAUCACCGAGGGCUGUAACGUGCCCAGUCAGAAGAUGGGGCGCUGUUCCCCGAGCUUUGUCGAUGUUCGUUGGAAAAGUGCAGGAGACCAAAGGCAGAAUUCAGCCUGAGAGUGGGAUGGGGAAUCAAAGUGACAGCAGCUGGAGGCUCAGUUCCCCCGUGUGGACCGAACGGGAGUGUUCUGGAAGGUUGAAGUGGUGAACGAGGGCAGGAAACAGCACCAAUACAGACAUGAUGUCCCUGAGAAAGAGGUGAGGGAGGGGUCUGGCUGCGACUGAAACAAGAAAUGUUCCACGUAUCCUACAGAGAGGCCGGCAGAGCCUGGAUCCCAACCGGUUGCCACAUGGAACCAAUAAUUCGGAUUUGCACUCAUUUUUUAUGAAAUCUGUUCCAAAGGAAAUGAAUCUAUCGGUGACGUCUGAUGGAAC